AAAAGAACAUUAAUAACAUUAAUGUUAGAUGUGAAUGAGUCUGCCUACUGAUAGCCAAUAUUUAGAUUCAAUCAAAUUCAACCAUAAGUUGGAUGAACAGACAGACAAGGGGAUAGAAAGGCAGACAGACAAGAUGGAUGGAUGGGUGGAUGAAUAGAUGGGUUGGGGCAAUAUUUAAUUGUUAUUCUUUCUAUUUGCAGUUCACAAUAAAUGGCUUUGCCACAAGACACUCGACAAUGAAAGAACCCGAGCAACAGCGCCCCUUGUUGUUAAGGGCCCGAAACUGCAAACAUGCCGUGUAGAAAGAAAAAAACACACACAAUGGGUUUCUCGGCCACCGUACAUUCGCGGAAGUUGUUCAUGAGAGAAAGGAAUGGGAGAUUUCUUUAAAUACAACGUUAAUUAAAACGAUUAUUUACGUUUCUUUCUCCCGCUCCCUUUUAUAACAGGGUUUUCUCAAUGGAUGAUGAAUGGGAAGAAGAGGAGCAGCUCGUUGUGGUGGAGCUCUCUGGUAUAAUCAACAAUGACUUCAUGGCCAAGUGUCGGGGCAAAUGCAAGAUACUGGGUAUUGACAGUGAGAAGCCCAUGAUGCAGGUGGGACAAUAUGUGUUUGCAGGGGAAUAUGAAGACACUUUGGGAACUUGUGUUCUGUUUGAGGAGACCCCACAGAAAGGAAAAGCAGGCAGUGUUCCAGCGCUUAAGUACAUGUGCCACACCGCGAAAAAACUGAUGAUGCAACGAAUCUUUCUUGUUGAGAAGAAAGAGGGUACAACCAGUACAGAAAGUGGUGAGCAGAUGGAUGGAACCUGUCAGUCCAAUCAAGAAGAAAAGCUCAACCAACCGGGAGAGACAGCGGGAAAUAUAGAAGGCACAGAUUCAGAAGACUCAGCACUGGGCUGAGAUAUCAAUGCUAUGCUAUUUUGUGACCUUUUUGUACUAGUGAAGGGACUACUCCAUGUCUAAAACAGACAAGACAGUGGGAUUCAUACAGUUCUGUUAGAAGGAAAAAAUGUAUUAGUUGUAUUAUUCCGUAUUAGUGUACGUCUUGUGUCUCAAUUUCCAGGAGAAUGUAACAUCUCUUCCUCACUGAACCUCAAAAUAAGUAAAUUUGCUAUUUCAUGCUUAAUUUAAUUGCAGUUGAAUGUCACUUUUUAAGUUAAGGAUAUAUCUCAAAAUUUCCAGAAAGUAGGGUUCGGGAAAAGGCAGUGCUACACCUAUUUGCAGCAGGAAGUCCUGUCAUUGUGUUCUGUGGAUUUUGUCCACUUAUCAUCUAACCAGCGGAGAGACUUUGGCAUGAAUUGCCAUGAGAUGGGAAAGAGCUGGCAUUUAAACUUCUUUAAAAGUGAGUUGAAUACUCCAUUCAAUAUUUAGAACCUAUUUUUCAGACUUGUCAUACAUUGUUACAUCUGCACUAACUAUUGAUUUAUAGUGGUGAAGGAAACACAAAUAAAAGCUAUUUAUUUUUUUGA